AUGAGGGCCUUCUUGCACAGGGUGCUUCAGUUCUUCUUGCUUCAGUUUCUACUAGGACAAUCCAAGCUGAGGAAAGAUGCAAUCCAUGAUAUUAUCAUCCAUGCAUUUCACGUGUUUGGUUACGGUGGGAAAUUAGCAGUAGAACUGUGCAUCAUUGGCUUCCUUGCUGGCACUUGUGUGGCAUUCUUUGUUGUGCUGGGAGACCUUGGGCCUGCAAUUGCAGCACGGACAUUUCAAGUGGAAAACACUUCGAAUCUCCGUCAGAUCUUUGAAAUAUAUGCUGCAUUACUGGAUGCAAACUUGAAGAAGAUGAAUGUGAUUGUGGAUCAAGCUGUGACACUGUCAUCCUUCAUAUAUAUCUCCAUGGGUCUCCUGGGCUAUAUUGCAUACUGCAGUCUACCAACCAUCCCUGGAAACAUCCUGGUGGCCUUUCCAUCAACCAUCCUGGCAGAAUCUGUGAAGCUUUGCUUCCUGAUGUCAGUGGCUGUGUCUUUUCCCCUCUGCCUCUUCCCCUGCAGGGCAAGCAUUCACUCCCUCUUGUACCCAAGUCACUCACCUUUUGAGUUGCUUGAUGGCAAUGGAAAUGGAUUUCAGCAUGGGGCAGCAGGUGAACUGAGCAGCACAUACAUACCGGAGGGCAAAUUCAAAGUCAUCACAUUUGUGAUGGUCUUUGGAUCUCUUUUGGCUGGGAUUUACCUUCCAAACAUCGAGGUUGUGCUGAGUCUGCUGGGGUCCACUAUAGGAACCAUCAUCUGUGUGAUCUUUCCGGCCAUCAUUUUCGUCAAAGUUACCACCAAAAACACAAGCGAGCGCAUGCUGGCACAGGUCCUUUUCUGUAUUGGAAUCUUCAUGUUGGUGGCAGGUACAUAUACCAACUUGGCUGCAAUGGACCAUGCUAGCAAUGUGAUUAAUGAUCCUCCAUCUCUUCUGGUUGAUGACAAGGCUGUACCUGGUGCUCCGAAGCUGACACCAGACUCUGUGGCCAAAUCACUUGGCAACCUAGCAUUGGAUGCUGUUAAUGGAGAUAUUAAGACUGCCAUCAAAGACCCAGGAAAAGACCCAGUGAAUGCUGGCCAAAACAAGAAGGAUGACCUCCUGCAGGAGUUGAAAAAGGAACAGGAGGAGCAGCGGAAAAUCUUGGAGGAGCAGCAGAAGAUCCUUGAGGAACUACGGCUUCAGAAGGAGAAGGAUGCCAAAGGCAAUAAGAGCAAGGUAGAACCACAGAAACAGACAAAGAAUGUGUCGCUGAAUGAGCAGAACCCAGCUGUUCCUGGGUUAGGUGAAGUGAAAGCAAAUAUCCUGCCAGAUUCACCAAAAGACUCUGCAGGACAUGUGGUUAAGAAGGAAUUGAAGCCUCUCCCCCGACAGUUUAAAACUCAAGUCAACCAAUCGGACUCUAAAGUCAUCUCAAGCAAUGUGGACCUGCCUGAGAGCAAAGUCUCUGAAGCAAAACCACUAGAUCAUGCAUUACUUGCCAAGGAAAUGAAUGUGAUACCCAUAGGCCAGGUAGGAGAUGCACAAAAUGAAAGGAGGAGGGAGGGAAAGGCGAAUCCUUCAGCUGAUGCAAUGAAGGUCCCACUUGACAAUGUCCCAGAACCUAAGAAUGAUAGGAAACAAGACAGCCAGCCGUUAGAGACCAUUGGGGGUAUAAAGACCUCUAAUACCUCUGGUCUUGAUGCAGGGAAUGCAAUUCCAGCUCUCAGUAACAGUAACCCGGUUCUGAAUCUCUUGAAUUACCCUGCACCAGAAGCUGCAGAGCCAAAAUUUUCACCUGGGAAGCCAUUGAUUGGUGCAUCACAGGGAGUAGGGGGUCUUGAUCCCAGGUUUAUUCAAACUGAUAAGGCACCUCAGGCUGAUGAGCAGGGCGGGAAGAAAAUUGAAAAGAGUGAUAUGAAGAUGGAGACAACGUCAGAAGUGAAGGAAACAGAGCAGAAAGCUGUGGUGCCCGCACCUGGAAUUCGUUUCAUGAAUCUGUCACCAUUGGACAGGCAGCAGCUGAUGGCUGGCUAUGAAGUAUUUUCCCGAAUCCCUUUCCAGGGAUACCUGGGCAGGGAAUUGCAACCAAUCUUCCGGCCCAAGAGGCUGAUGAUCAGAGUAGCACAGUUUGACUUCCUUCGCUCUACCCUUGGGGGUCGGAAGUUGCGAGUGGCAGCCUCUGUAAACAAUGUAGCUGAGGUGGAACGACUUCUCAAGAUCGGUGUGGGUCCUAAUUUGGCUGACGAAAGGAAACGCACUGCCCUUCACAUAGCAGCCAGUCGAGGCUUCACCGAAGUGGUGCGGGUGUUGCUCCAGAAUGGGGCUGACCCCAAUGCCAAGGAUUGUGUCAACAACAUUCCGCUCCACCUGGCUGCCUGCACUGGGAACUUGGACAUUGUCACACUCCUCCUUCAUGCUGGCUCAGAUGUUACCCUGGUGGAUUCCUAUGGCACAAAUCCUCUGAAUCUGGCUCGUUCACGGCUGAAACUCCUCUGCAACGACUCCAGCCUCACUCCCUCAGCCAUCAAGAGCCAAUGCAAGCAGAUUGUGGAGAUGCUGCAGGCUUACCUGACUCGACGUGAGACAGGUCGAGGAGGGGAUGGAAGUUGCAAAGAGAUUUGGGAGGAUUUUGAGCAAAAGCUCAAGCUGCACAACACCAAGGAAGAAAUCGAUGGUGACAUUUUGAAUGGAGAGCUGUCAAGGCUGGGCAGCAUUAGCAAUGCAAUCUAUGUCAGAUUAUGUAUAGCCUGGCAAGCCGCCUUCUCCCUUUUUCUGUGGUUCAAGCUGGAACUCAAGCCUACUUCCGAGUUGUCCAUUAUGAUGUCAUGGUUUUGGAUUCCAGUGACAACAUUGCUCAAGAGACAUAAGCAUUCCUCUACAACCUUGGUUGAGCAGAGCAACAUGAAGGUCAAGGUCCUUCCAGCUCUCUCUGACAACUACAUGUAUCUGAUUGUGGACCCAGCCACAAAUGAUGCUGCUGUUGUGGAUCCAGUGGAACCAGCAUCAGUGCUGGAAACAGUGAAGCAGGAGGGCUGGAAUCUUAAAUCUGUGCUCACCACCCAUCAUCACUGGGACCAUGCUGGGGGGAACUCAGCAUUGGUGAAGGAAGUGCCAGGGAUCCCUGUCUAUGGAGGGGACAAACGGGUGGAUGCUUUGUCUCAUCGGGUGUCCCAUGGUGAUGAGCUGACUAUUGGGUCCCUGAAUGUGAAAUGCCUCUUUACCCCUUGCCAUACUUCUGGCCACAUCUGCUACUAUGUCACUAGUCCCAACUCAGAUGCUCCAGCUGCUGUCUUCACAGGUGACACGCUCUUUAUUGCUGGAUGUGGGAAGUUCUUUGAAGGCACUGGGCAGGAGAUGUACAAGGCUCUGAUCGAGAUCCUUGGAACCCUUCCUGAUGACACUCAAGUGUAUUGUGGACACGAGUACACGGUCAGCAACUUAAAGUUUGCACAGCAUGUGGAACCAGGAAACCAAGACCUGAAAGCAAAGAUAGAGUGGGCCAAAAAGAAGACUGAAGCUAAAGAGCCCACCGUUCCGUCGACCAUCGGUACGUCGCUCGCACUCGCCGCCGGUGGAGAGAAGAAGAUCAAUCCCUUUAUGCGCGUUACCACCUCGGCCGUACGGGAGCACGUCCACGCCGAGGAUGCCAUCAUGGCCAUGGACAAGCUCAGGCAAGAAAAGAACAAUUUCCGUGGCUGAGCGACCUCCUCGUGCCUACAGUUAGCUUUCAUUCUGCUGCAAUAAGGAGCUCAUUUGGAGGACUACAGUUAGCUUUCAUUCUGCUGCAAUAAGGAGCUCAUCUGGAGGACAAUGCAUCAAUUUCUUUUUUGUGUAGCAGCUGAUUCCUCUCUUGAUGGACAUUGUUUAUAUUGCUCUCUUUUGUUCCUUUAUGAGCGAAUGACCCUUUAUCUGCAUGGACCAAUAAAUGAAUGUAUGAAACC